UGAUUCGAGUCGUGUUUGGCAGCUUGAAGGAGACAGACGUGUUUUUUCAACUCGGUCGAGACGUCACCAGUCACUCCAUCAACUCUCCUGCAUGAUUUUAGUCGUAAAGCGCAUUCAAGGUUGUCAGGGGUAUAAUAUUUCAAAACAAUAAAUCGAAACAGUAAGAGAAUCACGUGCUCGUGGUAUUUGCUAAGCUGCGAACCGAACGCAGCCUUUAGUGAUCGAGGAAGUGGUCGGUGAAGGAGCACUACAUUCCCAGAAUCCAUACCAUAUCAAAAGAUACGGUAGUGUCUCGUGCCAAAGUAUAUAUGCGCGUGAUCGUUCCGUGUAUCAAGAGACACGAUAAUGGCUUGGUGUCAAGUUCUAUAACACGCGAGUUGCAAAUGCGAGAUUUCGAAUUCUCAAUAACGGCUGAACCGAUCGAGUUUUGGGCAGCCUUAAGGUAUUACAUUUAUCUGUUUUCUAUCGUACGAUAAAUUUUUCAAGCCUGUUGAUUAUAGAUAUAAGAUAAAGAGCUCCAAGAAUCUCUUUGUCCUGCAACUAGGAUUGAUCAGGAAUUGUAGGGAUUUUAUAUAACGUCGAUAGGGAUAAAUGGAAAUUUGGUUUUAACAACACUGAGUGCGAGCCGUUGAGUUGCGAGCAUCCGAAGUAACAGGUUUUCCCUCGAUCUUUCUAGACGAUCUUUCUCGUGUGAAAUUAAUUUUGCUCCUGGACGUAGUAGCACGAUAUUCUUAAAUUUAAACGAAGGAAUUGACAUCAAGGACUAAUAGAACAUCGACUAACAUUCGCGAAGGGGGAACCUUUUCACGUGACGAACUUGCAUGUUACAUUGGUGUAUGUUAUAUCUUGCAAAAUUGACAAAAAAAAUUGACUGGAGUUCUGUUCACCGGGAAACAUACUUAGAGGAGACCGAGGGAAGUAACUUACUAUUGGAAAUAUUUUUUCAUAAAUUUAUUUAUGAUGCCGGUUCCAUUCAAGAGAUCAGCAACUGCUAAAUACAAUGAUCAAAUGAGAAAUCAUUUUCAAAAGAUGAACAAUUUUCAUAAGCAUCGAGUUUCAGGUAGAAUUCCUCCUACAGCCAAAGCAAUGAAAAUUGGAAAUGUACAAAAUCCAUAUAUUAUGACAGCUUACGAAGUUAAAACACACAAGGAGGCACUACGCGAAAUUGAGAGCAAGCUAUUGAAUUUUAUGAAAACGAAUGAUUUUUUGAAUGGAAAAUAUAAUAAAUAUAUGAAAGAUGUUAAAAUUGGCGAUAUGAUCUUUGUGCAGCACCUUGAAACUAAAAACUACAAGAUAAAAUUACCAGCAUUUGUUUGCCGAGGUUUAAUAACUAAUAUUAAUAAAAAGAAUGGAACAUAUAAUAUUCUUUUAGUGGACCACGGUGUUAGCAUUGAAAUAAUUAGCGAUACAUUUUACAUGCUUCCAAAAAAUCUUUGUCUUGACAAAUAUUUAACGAAAAUCAUUGGUGUAUGUGGCAUUUUGCCGAUCUACUUGAAAAGGAACAGCUCCGCUUUAAAUGGAUGCAAGGCAGUUGUUGCAGAACAAUGGACCAAAGAAGCAAUUCAGUUUACAAAACGUCUCCUCGGCGCGUCUAAAGUUGUAUACUUUGAUCAUCUUAUUACGGACGAAAGUAAUGGAAGAGAAUAUGGAGAAUUCUAUUUUACCAUUGAUAAUGUCGUCAUAUCAUUAACUAAGGCUUUAUUCAAUAAUUAUCACGCACUCUACAUAGAAGGAGAAUUGUUGGAACUUCUUGAAGCGCCCACGCAACUCGAAGAAAACCAUUGGCAGAUUUUAUAUGUAAAAACUUCAAAGGGUAAAGGCAAAAAGAACGAGAGGACACAUAUCAGUCGUGUUAAACAUUCUCAGAUAAAAUUCAAUCUGAGUGAGAAGAUUUUGAUACAGAGCCCAAUAGAUUGCAAUGUGUUAAAUGACAUUACGGAUCUCAAAUAUCCUAGGAGAAUACAUGAGGGUUGGACCGAGAAUAUGAAAUCUUCUAGGCCAAGGAAAAUUCAAUCCUACAUGUGGCCAGCCAUAAACAUGGGAUUAAACGUUCUUGCUAUUGGAUCGCCACAGUGCGGUAAAACGAGCGGAUGCAUAAUGGCAGUUUGCGGUCAGAUAGCUAUGCAUCGAAAAGAAAUAGGCAACUCAUGCAUUAACAACGGACGUUUAGCAAUAACUCCGUUAGCAUUAAUUCUAUGUGCCUCAUCUUUUGAAGUAAUUUCCGUGCAAUCUUUGUGUGAGUCGUUUCUGAAGGCUUCUAAUAUAAAAUCAGUUGCAGCAUUUAAUGGAAACUUGGAUAUAAAAAUAGCGUCACGGAUGUACACUGGUUGUCAAAUCUUGGUGACCACGCCGCGAUAUCUGGUUCGAUUCUUAAACAACCACAAAGGUCUAUUGUCAUUCGAUAGACUUUCUUAUUUGGUGUUUGACAAUGCCGAUGUAAUUUUGGAUAAGUAUUACGAUUCGAUAGCAGAACUCUUCUCGAAGCACAAUAUAAUUAAGAACCGUGAUCCAGAAGGGGACAAUAGACCGAUAUUGCAGACAAUUGUAUCAGCAACAAACUGCACAGCUAAAAUUAAGAAAUUUGUACAAAGUACGAUGUGUAAUCUGUAUAUAUGCAUCGCGUCAUUUAUAGAAGCUGUCUUCUUUUUCAAGUCUAUACGUCCGUUAAUCUAUAUUUUCAUGAGUACAUAUAAGAACACAAGAAUAUUAGAACUACUGAAGGAUGACUACCUUGCAAUGAGAACAGCGAUAGUAUGUACAAACGCCGAGGAAGCUGAGCAAUUGAACACCUUUUUAAUUUUGACAAAGAAAACUUUGUUAAUUCAUGAAAAUAUGAAAUCGCAAGAAAUACAAGUUCUAAAAGAUACUUGGUUAUCAUGUCUAGACGGCCGCUAUCCAGUACUGAUAUGUACUGAUCCAGUCUUGUCCGACCUUAAUAUUACUAAUGUCCAAUGGUUGAUACAUCAUUCCAUACUUAGCAAAUCAAGAAAUGAAUUCAGUUAUAGGUUUUCUCUAAUUUUAGACAAUUUAACACAGGAUGCUAAAUGUAAAAUUACUAUAAUUAUCGACGAAAAUACCAUUGGUAUACAAUUACAAAGUAUUAUGAAAAUACUGCAGCGAAUGAACAUUUCAAUACAGCCAGAAAUGUUAAAGAACAUUCAGCAAAUGGCUAUUAAUUUAGAGAAGGAGAAAAAAGAAUAUGUUCUAUGUGAUAACAUAAAGUCAUUUGGCUCCUGCCAGACACAAAAUAUCUGUAAGUUCAGACAUUGCGUCCUUCCCGAAAUCGAUGCGCCAAUGACAAAUAUACAGAUAAAUGACAGGCUGAAGUUGAGGAUACUUUACAUUCACGAUACAACGCAUUUUUCUGCGAGAAUUCUCGAGCAUAUUCCGCAUCCCAACAAUUCAGAAAAAAUAACGUUCUCGAACGUUGAGUAUAUGCAAACUGCGGCCCAAAUACAAAGCUAUUACGGACGUGUCGAAAACAGGAAAAUGAGUACCUCGACAAAUAUAGGCGAUAUCUGCGUGUUCGAGGAAUCUAUCGACACAUUUAAACGAGUACAAAUCAUACGAGAGAGGAACGUGGAUGAAGAUGUAAAAACCGUAGAUUUGAGGUUUAUCGACAGUGGUAUUAUAUACGAAAACAUUAAUGUACGUAAACUAUUGCAUGUCCCAGAGGAAAUAUUAAAUCUUCCAACGCAUGUUGUCGAAAUAUUUUUAACUGGUUUAAUGCCAGCGGACGAGGAAUAUAAGUGGAAUUAUUAUACUACCGAACAGGCGCACAAGUGGUUCACAGAAAAUUUUGACGAAAGAUCAUACAUUAUCGGAGAAGUUCGUCUUCAUCUUGGAAAUACAAUAUGGUUGGAAGAUUUGAAGAUUGGAACAAAAUUAAUUGGUCAUCCCGAUCUGAUAGGAUCUCCCUUGAAAAAGAACUUACUCGAUGAAAAUUUUGCAGUUGAGAACAACGAUCACUUAUCGAAUCUGUUUGAACUUUGCAGAAACAGCAAGUUGACAGAAAUCAACGGCCAUGAUAUAAGGGUCACAGACAAAUAAAAGUCUUUUAUUUGUAUUUUUAGAAGAUUGGGUGAUUUUGCGAAAUGUCAUUUUGUUAAUAUACAUUUAUAAGAAAAGAUUUUGAGAUAAUAUCAUUCGGCUUUGUUUUGUAUUUUGUAGUAAUGGAUUAGAGUAAGGCACUAUAGAUGUAGAUAUUCCUAUCCGCCAUCUUGGUUCCAGCUAAGUGGGUAAUGUAACCCCAAGUUUGCUCAAUAAUAAAGUUAGAAAUUAAUAAUUA